AUUUCGCGAUGGAGAGAGGAGAAACACCUGAGGAAGAAAAGCAGUCUGGCCAUCAUGUUGUGCCUACCAGUUUGGAAUCCGACAGUUUGAAGAAGAGCAAUUGGGGGUUCUUGUUUACUGGGAUCAUUGGUGGGGCACUGGUGACAGUGUACGCUGUGGCCACACCAUUUAUCACACCGGCUCUGCGGAAAGUUUGCUUGCCGUUUGUGCCUGCCACUUCGAAGCAGAUUGAAAAUGUCGUGAAGAUGUUGCAGCACAGAAGAGGCUCCCUGGUGGACAUCGGCAGUGGCGACGGACGCAUUGUGAUUGCAGCUGCAAAGGAAGGAUUCCCAGCUGUCGGCUAUGAGCUGAACCCUUGGCUGGUCUGGUACUCCAGGUACCGUGCCUGGAGAGAAGGGGUGCACGGCUCUGCCACGUUCUACAUCUCAGAUCUGUGGAAGGUCACCUUUGCACAGUACUCCAAUGUCGUCGUUUUUGGUGUGCCCCAGAUGAUGCUGCAGCUGGAGAGGAAGCUGGAGCUUGAACUUGAGGAUGGUGCUAGAGUUAUCGCCUGCCGGUUCCCUUUCCCACACUGGACUCCAGACCACACUGCUGGAGAGGGGAUUGAUACUGUGUGGGCGUAUGACGUGGACAGUUUCAGAGGACGGGAAAAGAGGUCUUGAACACGCGCGCUGUGGGGGCCAUCCAGUCCACCUUCACUGAGGCCACAGCAAACUGCCCUUUCCACGGGAUGAGAAGUCAUGCUGCUGUCCUUACCUUUUGGAGAAAAUGAACAGGAGCUCAGAAAAACAUUUAGGUGUAAAGGCAAUUUCACGUAGCCUGGGUUGGCCUUGAAUUUUCUGCGUAGCUUAGAAUGGCUUGAACUUCUGAUCCUUCCUCCUCUACCUUCCCAGUAAAAUUUGCUCUUAGUGGAAUAUUUUGAAUGGGUCUACUACCUUUUCAUACCGUAGGAUGCUUCAAGAUACAAUAACUGAGCUGUGUUUGUGGGCCAGAAGGUUGUCAUCUCGCAGCAGCGUGGUUUGAUGCCACAGAAGGGAAAGGGGCACUCAUGCAGACAUCUGCAGUUUCCUGUAGUUUUGUUCACGGGUGAGAUUUGUCUGCCUUCUGUAGUUUGUAGCUAAAUUAAUUUUCUAAAAGGCUCAGAGUGGCACUUUUAUAAUAUAAGUACUAUUUUGCCCUAAUGCUUUCUGUACUUUGUUGAUUGAAUCUGUACAUGUCCGCCUGUGUAAACAGACGGUAUAACAUGCACACGUUUUAAACUGGGGGAAUUGUGACAGAUUGCAUGUGGUGUGGUCCAUUUGCUGCCAUUGUGUUACCAAGAGUGGCAUCUUAGAUUUGACGAGGCAUUUAGAGAAGCUUCCUGGCCCAGGGAGAAGUUAGUAAGGGCUUUGCAGUGACUGCUUGAACUUUGCAGUGUAACUUCCAACGCCUUGGGCAGUGACUUCCUGUCUCUCAGCCUUGGUGCCUACUACCAGGACAGUCCUGGUAGGAUCCGUUUUUAAAAUCCGCUGCACAGUCUUUGGUCUGUAAGUGAUACUCACAUUUUAGAGCUGAGGGAAAAGCUUAUACAGUGAGGUGCAGAUUAUUUCUGUUAGCCCCUUCUCUUAUUUUAUGAGAACAUCCAUUUAUUUAGCAUUUCCCACUUAUGAGAAAAGACUUGACUGAUUUAGAUAGCAGGCAAGUUAGGGAAAACCUUUGUGAGUAGACAGGCUUCAUAGAAGUCCACGCCCAGUUGACAUGUUCUCCACGGAGUCACCUGACGUUAGGCUUGCCCUGAUCCUGAAGUUCCUUCUGUAGACGGAAAGCAGAAGCUGGACAGCCACUUGGUGGGGAUGUUGCGGAAACAAUGUUUGCAGCAUGCUUCAGUCACAGAUGAACCAAAGCGAUGAUUUUUCACUUUCUGUAGGGCCUGUUGAAUCAUUUGAACAGACCUCUAACGUCAGUAUAAUAAGGUGGAGCAUAAUUCUGUAAUUCUGACAGAACUUCCUAUCCCUACAAAUGUAAGUUGCUCAUUACUGUUUUUUCACUAUAGGUCUGCAGAAAAGAUGGUCAGAAUAUUGGGAUGCUGAUGAAUCAAGUAAAAUUAUACCAGAACGGCCAUGAUGUAUGAGGCCUCAGGAAAGCUGGGCUCAAAAAUUUCAGGACUGGGGGUUAGCUAGAAUGGGUGUAGCUCAUUUAAAAAACAUCUUUUUACACUACAUUUGUGUGUGUGCAUGGUAUGUGUGGGGUACCACUGGACAUGUGGAGAUCAGUUCUGUGCGAAUACUUGGGUCUCAGGGAUCCAGCUCAGUUCAUCAGGCUUGGUGGCUGGGCCUUUACUCACUGAGCCCUUUGCUGGCUCAUGGGCAUAGUUUGUAAAGCCUCUUGUCAGCAUAGAUCACUAAUGGUUCCUCAUCCUCCCUUAAGGGACAUUGCCUACUCUCUGUCUUGUCAAGAGAGCAACCAUAUGGGACCCAAGCAUCCUUCCAAACCUCCCACAAUCAGUUGGAACAUGGUUGAGUAUCUGAGUUGAGUCUGGACACUCUUGGCGGGUGGACUGUUUGCUGGCAGGAAGAAGUGAGGAAUUGGACUCUGUCAGACUAGGGUACAUAAAGACGGUACAGACAUCAUCGUCGAGGGCUGGAGGCUGAGGCCAGAGGAGCUUCAGUGCUUAUUGGAGGGACAAGUAGACAGGCUCCUGAGCGGGUCCACAUGUCCUAGGCCCACCUGGGAGAAGUCAGGCCGAGGACCAGAGCCUUGGGAACAGAGCCUAAUCUGCCUUCAUUUGCUCUGAGGGAGUAAACUGCUCUUGGAAGGAUUCUAUUUAUAAAAUAGGUUUGAAGCACAGGGAACUUUACUAUCCUUAAAGACAGCAUGGACCACAUAAACAGGAAGGCAGAUAUUUGUCUAAACAAAAGGGAGCUGCAUCUGAAUAACACAAUAAUGUCUCUCAGCCUGGAAGCCUCCAGUGGUUUGAGAGUCCUCUUAGGCAGAACACCUUCCUUUAGAUUGAGGUGCUCUGUAAUAAUGACACAUUACGAUUCUCUUGGAAGCAGCACGCUUGUGACUCAAUGAACUGAUGCAAAUUGAACAUGAACAAAAGGACCAUAUAACUUUUAUAGGUGGGGAAAUUAGAUGUCUUAUUUUUCUAAUUUAAUAUUAUGGUGUGAACAUUAUCCAGGAAGGACUGAUCAAACAAUGGCUCAUUGAUCUCCGGGUUUAGUCCAAGGGUGGAAGGGAGACAUUGAGUUAGUUUUCUUCUCUGUCAUAUUGAAAUAGAAAAUAAGUGUCAAGUCCAAGUCCUUAUGAAUACACAAGCUCCAGAAAAGUCUCAGAACUGCACACAUCUCUGCAAUUUGGUGGGUACGUUUAGGUAGUGGGGCCUUCCAGGGUUUGUUGUAAACUCAACUCUGUGUGUUUGUGUAUGUGUGUGUGCAGAAUGACAGUGUGGCAGAACUAAAUCUCUGAGUGUAAGUAUCAGCCGUGCCUGCCUCAACUGGUCCCUGGUGUAUUACAGAUCAUUUUAUCACAUGGCCACUGGGGUUUGACUUAAGCUGUGGAUUACUUACUGUUCUCUUCAAAGGUAUUCACAUUUUGUCAAAGACUCUGCUUAAUGUAAGUUUGGUUUUGGUAAGACUGAAGAAAGCUAAUUUGUAAUGGGGAAAUGUCAGGUUCACUUCUGCAGUUUCUGCUCACCACUCUGUAUUCCUGUGGCAACUCAGAAAGACAAAGCUGGCCCACCAUGAGUUUUCUCUACCUGACUUGUUAGUGAUGAGAAGUCUACAGCUGAGAAAUUAUGAUGGCUGACAUUGUAUGUUAACUGUCCACCACAGGCCUUAUGCACAGGAGGAUUCAUGGGUGUGUUGGUAUACAGCUGUAAUUCCACACUCGGGAGAUGGAGGCAGAAGGUCAUACAUACUUAGAUACACAGUAAAUUCAAGGGCGACCUAGAUUAUAUGAAACCUUAUUUCAAAAAAAGGGGGAAAGAAAAUUAUCACGUGAGCUCUGCAAUGUAGACAUGACAUUUCUCUGUUGGAUAAAUUAAGGCAUGUAGUCAUGACACAUUUGGCAAGGCACAUGCAGUGCUUAAAUCUCCUAAUGCUGGCUGGCAGUAAAGACACACAUGUGUUUUCCUUAUUUGAACAUCUUGGCCAGGGCCUGGGGAAGGCUCUGCUGCUAUGAGCCAAUACCUUUGACUGCAUGAGCUCAUUAUUAGCAGCAUCUGUGCAGCUCCAAGGCUUGGGUUCUGAGCCUCUUUGAAUCAGGCUUCCUUUGGUAGGCAAAGGGCGAUCCUUUAUUGAAGGCAUAUGCUGGAGGAUGAAGCUGCGGAUCUGAUGGACUUCUACCCGCUUUAAAGAAGGUUAGCAAAGCAGUAUCUUCUAAGAACAGAACUGCUUUACCGUUUCCUCACAGACACUCUGGGGCAAACAUAUCACCCAUAUUAGAAAAUCAACAUGACAUGCACAUGUAUGUCUGUUAGCUGGAGCUGCCAUGACGAACACACACUGGGAGUUAAACCACAGAAAUGGAUUCCUCAUCUCUGGAGACUGGAGUCUAAAGUGCCACUACUGAUGGGGUUGGUUUCUCUGGAGGCUUCUCUCCUAGCUUGUGGAUAGCUGCCUUCUUGCUGUGUCUUCAGGUUGAUUUUCCUGUGUCCAUGUCCCUGGUGUCUCGCUAUGUGCCUAGUCUGCUCUCCUAGUAUGGAAACCAGGCAGAUUAGAUUAGGGCUCACUCUAAUGACCCAUUUAAACUUCCUUGUGUGUUGAGGCAUGCGUGCCUGUGUGCUGGUAUGUGCACAUGUAUGUGCAUGCUUCUGUGGGAGUCAGAGGUUCUUGUCUUCCUCUGUGGUCUUCACUUUAUUUUUUGAGACAAGGCUUCUCAUUGAACUUAGGUUAUGGAUUUGGCUAAAUUUGGUAGCAAGUCCCCAGUGUCCUCCUAUCUCUGUCCUCCCCACCCUCCCAGUACUAGUGUUAUAGACGUCCACUGUCAUGCCUAGUCUACAUAUAUGCUGGGGUCCAGACUCACAUCCUCAUGCCUGCCCAGCAAACACUUGUUGAGUCAUCUCCCCAGUCCUUACCUCUUUACCCUGUCUCCAAACAGUGUCACGCUAUGUGACACCGGGUGAUAAAAGAUCAGCGUGCGCAUUUGGGACUAUGAUGGCUAAACCUCAUUGUCAGCUUGAUAGGACUUAGUGUCACUAGAGAAAGACACUUUAGAUAUAUCCGUGGGGAUAUUUCCAAGGAGUUUUAAUUGAGGAAGGAAGACCCAUCCUGAAUGUAAGCAGAACUGUUACAUGAUGUGAGGUCCUGGCCUGAGUAGAGAGUGGACAGCAUUCACUUCUCUGUGCUUGCUAACUGCAGGUGUGAUGUGACCAGCUGCUCCAAGCCCCUGCUGCCCCAUGCU